CGGGAAGAAAAGGGGGGGACGAAAAAGAGGGCGGAGCGAGCAGAGAGAAGACACGCGGAGUAUGUAGGAAGAACAGUAACGAAAAGAGACUGUUGUACAGACGUUGAGUGACCAAGUCGUGGAGGCGUUCAACCCGGACUCUCCAGAGGACUCAGUGGUGAUUUUCCUGUGGGUGUGAGUGGAUUACUCAAACCGUGAGGACGACGUGAAGCUAGAAGCUAACACAGCGGCUAGUUUAGCUCACAGUGACUGUACGAGUUAGCAGCAAGCUACCUAUUCAGCAGUGACUGUGGGGAAAGGAGCGUGGAGCUGCAGACGACGAGCGAACACCGCGACAUCGGCAGUGACGGGGUUUCGUUUCCUCCGGACGGAUCUUCUCCUCAACUCACCUCUUCUCCAACCACCAGCCCAUCCCAAGCGACAUCCAGGCCUGCACCGAUGCACUAAAGGGGUACCCAGGUUUAUUUGAAGUAAAGUAAUAAGUGCCGGCUUUAGUUAUCAGUGACAACAGGGUGCAGGCAGCUGGGGAAUCAAACCUGUGAAGACAUGGCUGCUGAGGACAGGGACGAAAAGACACAGAAGGUUUACAGGACACCCAGCGCAGGACUGUGGACUGCUACUGGGCUGGUGAUGGUAUAUUUGGUGUUGGCUGUGGCGGUGUCCAUCUUGAAGGAGUCAGGACAUCUCCUAAACAACCAGAGCUUUGAAUGUGGGCACAGUGAGGAGUCCAGGCUGACCCAGGAGACCUUUCUGGUGUCUCUGUGGACAGGCAUGGCUGUGCCCAUCUGUUUCAUGCUACUAAUGAACAUCUGGAUAAAGGGGACCUUUUAUGCACCACUGUCACUGUUUGCGAUCUUUGUCGUGUUUGUGGCUAUGACCGUUUCCUUUGCAAAGACUUGGGAGAAAGAGAAUCAGGACAUAGAAGAAUUUAAAGAUCGCUACCUGGAACUGAUCCCUCUGACUGACGUACCGGGAAUAAAUCAAUCUCACGUGAAUGAUAAGAACUGUACCAUGCUCAGUAACGUUUACCGCUGGCAGGCUGAGUUUGAAUGUUGUGGACUUGAAGGCUAUCAGGACUGGGGGCUUUUGAUCCCAGAUUCCUGUUUGUGUGAAGGAGAGGACAAGAGCACUGGAUGUGUUGGAGCUGGAAACAGCCUAGUUUACGAGAAGCCUUGUCUCCCUACAGUCCUCUCCCUUGUAGAAAAACGUAGCUCCACCCUUUGGACCGUCAUGAUAACUUGGAUCACUAUCGUCGGUGUUCCAGCUUCCAUGUUUGUGUUCCUCAUGGCGCGGUGCUGCUGUUGGGUGUGUUGUGAAGACUGCUACUACAAACUGGGACUUUGGAUUUUCAAACUGAGCGGAGGAGUGGAGAUGAUCCCAGUGGUGUUCAUCCGAAAGGACAAUGAUAAGCCGCCUGAGGAUGGAAAUGGGAAUGAGGAGGAAAGAGAAAGCUGCAGCAAUGGCGUGGUGGUGGAUGUGGAGGACGGCACAGGCGAGGAGGGGGCCGAUGUUUCCCUGGAGAAAAAUGCAGUCACCAUGAUCCCCAUGUCAGAGCUGAGGAGGCUGCAGGAGGAGCUGGAGCCGCCUCCUGUCCAGCACUGGGUUCAGUGUCUGUGCAUCAUCUCCAAAAAACCCCGCAGCUUCUACACGGUGAUGAUAGAGGAGGGCUCCCCGCUGCUGCCCGCAGACGCCGUGCUGGCCGACGCCAACAAACCCAGCACGUGUUUUUGGGUUGACGGACCCCACUUUUUCUCAUUGGAGGACAUUGUUUGGCUGAAAGAGAACGGAAAGAGAAGCAGCCUGCCAUUGUAGCGUGACACUGUGCAACACUGUGCACACUGAAAAACAUCCAAUCCAAAGAAUUGUGUUUUUUAAACAAAGGCAGGAGACAGAAGAAGACUUUAACUAAAUAUCAAAAAUUCAGACAACUUUCAGCAGUCAGAUUUCAAACAUGUAUAAGUGCAAAGACAGAAUCUUUAACAAGUGAGGCAGGAAAGAAAAAGCUAAUGUAGGCUGUGGUUACAGUGAUAGAGGCCUUGCGUGUCUUUCUUUUUGCAUGAGCUUUGAGUCACUCUCUUUAAAUUCAAGUACAAAAUAAUUCAAUAUUAGAAAAGACAACUUAGUUUCAGACUUUCACCAUCAAGAUCAGAUAUUUCUACUAUUGUUUCAUCAAACCCUGAGCAUCCUGGUAUUAGUGGCAUGGCUCUCAAGUUAAAAAUCACAUUACACUCUCAUCAAGGGACGCACACACACACACACACACACACACACAAGCACACAUACACACACACGCACACAACAGCCUAAAGUAGGUCUUUGUAUCUGAAGAAUGUAAAAGUAUUUUAAGUAUAUAUAAACAUUUUAAAUAUACAAUUAUUUUCAGUAUUACCUUUUGGUGUCUCUACACUUCAAAUUUCUCAGAGGAUAAAGCUAAAAGUACACGUCUAGAAUAUUGCAGUAUGUGUAAUCGGACUGUAGAUGCUAGAUAUUUAUUAGCGCAGGAGACAUUCCUGUCCAUAUACAGCCUCCUGUGCCUUCCUGCUUCAGAGUUCUUUAUUAGUAUUAUAAGUAUGGCCGUGGUUAAAGCGUGGGACUCGGGUCAACAAAAUAAAAUGUCAAAUCUUCGGCCUUGUGCCGGGAAACGUUGGCGUGUUUAGAUGUCGUCGCCUGGCAACGAGCCUCUGGUUUCCCCUCAGCUAAUCUAAUAGGAGCAGAGCCGGAACCUCUGGCCGACGGCAGCCAGUGUAAACAGCAGUAAAUCAUCCUGUGUGGCCUCAGGAAAUACACAGAGUAUUGAUCGGAGCCCUGCAGGCUACUCGCUCACGUGAGAUUCCUCCAGAUAAAAUACUCAAUAUAUAUAUUAAUAUAUAUACAUUUAUACACAGUUACAUUUAAAACCAAUGCUCGGUUAAAGCAGAUGUAAUUUCCUUUUUUUUUUUAUAAAUAACAAUGUAAACAAGCAAGAGCAGCAGAGGAACCCAGCAGGGGGCAGCCUCAGGACAUCAAAUGGAAACAAGCAGCAGCAGACUGCUUGGAAAUUAAUGAAAUUAAAUAAAAAAAAUUAUAAAUAGAAAAAAUAAAUGAAAAUAAAUGAGUAGUAUAUUUUCAGCAAAUUUCGGCAAGAUUUGAGCAUGUUAAAGCCCUCAAAAAGCCAAUUCAUUUGCAUAAAAAAAACAAUAAUAUCAAAGGGCCAUUUUGUUUGCAAACAGUAGUCAUACACAACCUAUACACAUCAUAACAAUACAUACAAAGAGUGUUAAACAUCCAUUUGUCCUUUGUUAAAAUACAAAAAUAUAUUAAAGUGUGUGUGCCAUACACCAGGGCUACAGCUGGUUUAAAAGUCAGACUGCUGAGGGCACAAUGAUCUUAAAGAGGACAGAAAUUGAAGCAUGACCACACAUUACAAUAAUAAAACUUGAAAAAUUGAUCCACGAUCUCUGAUCCACCGUCAUAUGGUCCAUGAUCACAUUAUAGAAUCAUUAAUGUAAUAAUUGGUGCAUCUGUCUCCCCACAUUAACAAACGGAGCCAAAAGAGAGUGAACAUUAGAUGUAUAUUGAUCUAUUGGAAACAAACAUGACUUCAAUUAAUUGAUAAUGUUCCAUUCACCAGACAAAAGUUUGUUGUAUCAUCUUAAAAGUACAGUACCUAUAUAACUGUUGAGUUACUCUUGUUACUUAUAAUCUUAUUUAGUUAAUCUCUAUUAAUCUUAAUCCAAAGACUUGGCAUGACACUGCAGAUUCAAUAUACUUUUAGAAAUAAAUUAUUUCUAAAGAUUUUUUGUAGCUCCCACUUUCUUGAUCAGAAAAAAAGAAAUGAAUGGAAAAUAGUCACAUUUCAAGUUUAUUUUAAUGAAUUCAACAAACUCUACAUAUUUAUGAAAAAAAAUAAAAAAUGUUAAAGGAAAAACAUAUUCAAAGUUAAUAAGAAAACUUUGGAACACACAUGUAAACAGAACCUUUAAAUAAAUAAAUUCUCACUCACCAGAAAAUAAACUUAAAGAAUUUAAACUUUCAGCAGUCAGAUUUCAAACAUUUACAAAGAAGUGCAAAGACAGAAUAUUUAACAAGUGAGGCAGGAAAGAAAAAGCUAAUGUAGGCUGUGGUUACAGUGAUAGAGGCCUUGCGUGUCUUUCUUUUUGCAUGUGCUUUGAGUCACUCUCUUUAAAUUCAAGUACAAAAUAAUUCAAUAUUAGAAAAGACAACUUUUUUUCAAACUUUCACCAUCAAGAUCAGAUAUUUCUACUAUUGUUUCAUCAAACCCUGAGCAUCCCUGUAUUAGUGGCAUGGCUCUCAAGUUAAAAAUCACAUUACACUCUAGUCAAGGGACGCAAACACACACACACACACACACACAAACAGACAUACACACACACGCACACAACAGCCUAAAGUAGGUCUUUGUAUCUGAAGAAUGUAAAAGUAUUUUAAGUAUAUAUAAACAGAGGCAAAAAGUAAAUUCCAGUGAGCCUUGUUAGACUCUGCUCUGUCAUCUGUAAACAAACACACACACACACACACACACAUAAACACACAUACUGCGGAACAUAUCACAGAUUCUGGUUUAAUGUCCUUAUUAUUUUUUCUCCUCUGAAUGUGUCUUUGUUUUGCUUCUGCUGUGUCGUCCUCAUGAUGUUCGACAGCCUCAUGACUCUGGUAAAGACAGAAAGUAUUUCAAUUGUAAACAUGACGGUGACCGGUACCAGGCUCAAAAGGGAGGGGGGGGGGGGUCUAAAUAGCUUGUAUAGCGAUAGCUGUUUUACUACAAAUAUACUAUAGAAAUGGAAAAUCUAUGGAUUAAAAUCUAUAGUAAACGCAGCAAAGACAUGUUUAAAGGGACUGUUCGACGUCUUGGGAAAUGCUUCCUUGCUAAGAGUUGGAUGAGAUGAUUUGGUCAAACAAAACUAGAAAUAAUAUGUUCUUCAUUUUACAUCGAACAAACACAGAAGGGGUCAGAAACUGAGUAUAAGAAAGAAAUCUCAGAGGUGGACAUUUUUUUUUCCUUUUGUAUUUUCAGAACAAAUAAAAAAGUAAUCAGAGGAAGAUAUUUAAAUAUCACCACAUAUGUGCUAAAGGCGAAAGAAUAUCUUGUAAUCUAUUUUCUAUUAUUAUUUAUAUUUUGACUUUAUUCUCAACUUUAUUCUCAACAUUCUCAAUAUUUUCUUCUGCAAGAUUUAGCUUAGCUUAGCACCAAUCCACAUGUUGUGUUUCUCUGGUGGUAUCACACAUCUUAUCCAGAGUCCAGCAACACAGUGAAUAAACACCUUUCCACAACA